AUGGCUCGAAACCCCAUGAGGCACAACCAGAGCCUUUAUUGCCAAUACCAUCAAGACCAGGGACACACCACGGAGGACUGUAGAAAUUUGUGGGACCAUUUGGACCAGUUGGUUCGAGAAGAAAAGUUGAAGCAGCUUUUGCACCAUUCUAGUGGCCAGGUAGGUCAGAGAGGUUCGGAUCCCCGAAAAGAUGUUUCUUCGAGACCUCCUUUAGGAAUGAUCAAUGUCAUCUUUUUUGCUCUCGGGAGGACUGGUUAUUGUCCCUCUAGAGUGAUGUCUGUGGCUCGGCUAUCUGCCGAGGAUGAUAAUCUGGAGCCGAAAAGGGUUAGAAUGGAUAUUCAACCGGUAAUAAGUUUUUCGAAUGAGGAUAAGAUUGGGACCAUACAGUCCCAUGAUGAUACUUUGGUGGUCAUGCUUAGGAUUGGUGGGUUUGAUGUGAAGAGGGUAAUGGUGGACCAAGGCAAUGGUGCCGAAAUUAUGUACCCUGACUUAUAUAAGGGGUUGAGUUUGAGACCAGAGGACUUAACGGCCUACAAUUCUCCUUUGGUAAGUUUUGAUGGGAAGGUAGUCAUUUUGAGGGGUAUGAUAAGACUACCUGUGCAAGCUAGUUUAGAAGUGGUGGAGGUAAAUUUCAUCGUGGUGGAUGCCUAUUCCCCCUACAUGGCCAUUAUAGCUAGACCCUGGCUUCAUACCUUGGAGGCCGUCUCUUCCACUCUGCACCAAAAGGGGAAAUUUCCGUCGGGGGUCACAUUGAAGAAAUCGUAG